AUGGCUUUCCGCCCUUCCAAGACCUCCAAGGCGGCGUGGGCUGAUUAUCUCCCGUCCCUUCCAGAUGAUCCAACACACCCCGCACAGGUUAUACUGCGAACAUAUGCCCUUUCACUCUCACUUUCACUCGGACCCUCUCUGAUACCAUUACUCACAUCUCUUGUCUCUGCAAAGUUAACCGCAAAAUCAUUCUUUAUAACUCUGAAACGCAUUCUUAAGCGUGAUUUGCGCUAUGACGGCUUCGCGUUUGCCAUCACCACUGCAGUGGGUGGUGGUGCGUUAAUCCGACAUCUCUGGCGUCUGCUUGACGAUCCUACAUUCACUCACAAGCCCGUCAACGUCCCAAAGUUCCUCUUGGACAUCACCGAUAGAAUACGAAUGUGGUCACAGCUUCUCAGCCUCUCUCACGAGCAGCGGACGUUUCUUUCCCAUCUUGUCUCCUCGUCACUUGGAAUCGUUCUCCUGCAAGCGGGUCGCGCUCGCUCUUUACGCUUACGAAUUUUAUCCUCAGGCGGAGUUCCAACGCCCAGUUUAAGUGGGAUAUCACCAACUCUGGAUCUGACCAUUCUUCUGGCUGUUCGGGCUGUCGACUCGAUGGUUCAGUCAUUUAUUCUCAACAAUUCGUCAUCCUCCUCAUCUAGCCAGGUCUCUCGGCAUUCAGACAGCUCGGGGAGAACACAGCUAGAACCGCACUUAGUGAGGGACAGGCUGGAGAAGGAGAAACUCAAGCUCGAAAACUUGGUUUCAGUCAAGCUGACCUCUCAGAUAGACGCGUUUGUAUUUUGGGCGUGUAGUGCAAGAAUAAUGUGGUGCUUUUUCUAUGAGCCUCAAAGACUUCCUCGGUCCUACAUAAAAUGGAUCCAAACACUUGCCAAUGUGGAUCGGCGUAUAAUGGACGCUCUGGUUUACCUCAGAGAAGGCACUUGGUCUUACAUCAAUGGCUCUGCCACGCAUCGUAAUUUGUUGAGGACAUUCUCGCAAGACCUAGGCCACCCCUCUUCUUGGGGCGAUCCGUCUGUCCUUCCAGCGUACGGGAGAAAUAUUGCAGAUUCAGUCUGGAAAACAAUUAAUGUCAGCAACCGCACGGGUGUCGGUGGACUACCUUGUGAACUUGUACACGGGACUGUGGGCACUAACCUAGGCGUCUCUGAUAGCUGCACAAUGAAUGCGGGAUUGCGGGCGACGAAGGCUUUCGCAGAAUCCAUGGCUAUCUAUCUACCUGCCCACUUUCUCCCCCUCCUUCUGACAAGACCGCAGGCGCUCCUACGUCCUCACCGUUUGCUCAGUGCUUUUCUAGGCUCAAUGCGUAGUGCGGCAUUUCUAACUUCAUUUAUCACCAUAUUCUGGUACUCAGUUUGCCUUACUCGCACUAUCUUCUUGGCAAGGCUAUUUCCUUUCAUCUCACACGACUUUUGGGAUGGUCCUCAAGGUUGUAUAAUGGUGGGAUCACUCCUUUGCGGCAGCAGCAUCUGGAUUGAGAAUGGACGUAGACGGGGAGAAAUGGCAUUAUACGUACUGCCUCGUGCGAUACGCGCAUGUAUACCAGAUAGUUGGCUGAAGAGAAGGAAUAUCGGUGUGCGCCUCGCCGAACGACUUGCCUUUGUUCUGUCCAUCUCUGCGCUCCUUACAGCUGGUAUUCAUCGCCCGGAUUCGCUGCGUGGGUUAUCGCGAUGGACAUUGGCUUUUGUGACGAAUGGCCCAAAUGCAGGAUUCUGGAAACGAAAGCGGCUUGAUCCAAGCAUUCCGCCAACCCCGAGCAUACCCGCAACCCCCCGGCAAAUUGAAACGCAUAAUACAAGCCAUCCCCAUACCCCAAAAUUUACAGAUACCCUUCUAUAA